GCCUGGGCCGUGGGCGAGGAGCUUCUCGCUUCUCGCUGCUGCAGCCUGGGACAGCGGCGGGUGUGUGGAUGGCAGCCCUGGGGAGGGAAGACACCUGUGCGUGCCUCAUGGUUUGGUUUGGAGCGCUGAGCAGUGCUUGGGAUGAACCCGCUUUCUAAGGCAGAUGGAGUGUGGUCUCGGAGUAAUCACUGGCCCCUGCUUGGAAUAUGAAAUGGAUCAGCCUUGGUCUGCAGGGAUGGGGAAAAAAGCUCUGGGUGUGCGGCCAAAUGUGUUUAUUAUGGGUCUGGCGUUGUUACCGUAUUGCUGAAAUGGCAUUUGCUUGAAAGAGCUUGAUUUACCUUUCAUGAACUCUGCUAUUUAUUUCCUUUUGCCUAUAACAGCAUAAAUAACUUGAUCAUCUUAAUUUUUAUUUGCUUAAUUUAAUUUGUUUCGGGUUUUAAUGCAUUAGCGAGUUGCUGCAAAGUGUGUAUAUUGUAAGCAUGCAUUAAAUGUUUUAGUUGGAAUCAUAAAAACUAAUAUAAAAUCCAUUGGACAUGGAUUUUGCAGUUCACAGAACGUGCAGUUUGCCUUGAGUAUCUCUUUUGGCCUCAGAAGAAGUUUAAAAAAAGAUCUUCAUAAAAUCUUGUUGUGAAAUUAACCCUACUGCUUAAAAGUUGUUAUGUUAAAGUCCUGAGCAGUAAUUUCAGAAGGCGGAUAAACAUGAUUUUGAAAGGAUGCUAUUUCUUCCAGAUCUCAAUGAGACUGAAAUUAGGAAUGAGUGAGGUGAAGGACACCGCCUGAAAUAACCAUGGUGAUGUGUUGAGAACUCGGUACCUAGCAAAAAGAACUGAAAUGGAGAGCUAAAAAAAUCACAAGUUAUCAAGAAAAUAGAUUAUUAUCAAGAAAAUAGAUUAUGUCCAGAUUCUUGAGCAUAAGGUAGUCCGGAGCCAGGUUUUGGGUAUUCAGAGAGGAAAACAACACUGAAAAACAUGGUGGGUUUAUGUCCUUUUGCGAUUUGAAUCCUUUGUAACCUCCUUUUGUGAGCCAUUGCUUGUUGAUUGGAUAUUUCUGGGAUGCAAGGAGUGCUUCCAUGGAACACCAGUCCUCUGCAUUUUGUGGUUAUAUUCAUGCAGUGAUAGGCACCCUAAGGAAGGCAGCUGUGCUUUGUCUGUUCACUCUGUAGUUGCCAACUUCAACUUGUCUGGAAAAAAUAAUGGGAUCUUUCCGUUCAUGGCACCCUUGGUGAUAUAUGAAAGGCAGUAACAGCAGUUCCCAGGGAUAAUUGCAGCACCGCCUGACUGUCUCCUGCUGCUUUAGGAACUGUGUUUGCUCCCCAGAUUGUGGUGAUUACUGAAGGAGUUUGCAUGUGAGAGGGAAAAAUGAGCUGUUACAAACAGGGACAACUGAGCCUCAAAUGCUGUCUUAGAAGAGAAUGAGAUAAACACAUCUUGGAAACAGUGCAAUUUGACAAGAGGCUUUCUGGGAGUGUGUUUGAAAAAAACAAUGGGCAUUGAUUUCAUUGCUGUCUCUUCUCAGAUUGACUAGGGGUUUUUAAGAUGAUAGAGAAGUGUGUGUCUUUAUACAAUACCAUUUUCAUUUUUUAAAAGAGAGGUGGAAAAAAUGGUGGUUAGAAUGACAGUGAUUGACAACUCGCUUUUAAAAUAUGAGGGAUUGGAAGCACAGUCCUCUCAAAUUGCACUUACCUAUUAGCAGCAAUUUAAGAAUCCAUUUUCAGCACGAGUGUUAUAUGUAUAACCAUCUGACUUAGUGGCUAGACUGCAAAGUAGGUCUUUCAGCUAUGCUGUAAUUCUUCCAGAUUAGGGGACAGUGUGGCUUUUAUGAAUAUGUAAACAUGGUUUCAUCCUUUAGUGUGGACUAAGAAGAAAUAGGUCUGUGUAGCCUUGGACCUUUGCAGGGCUGUAGCAUGAUAUGUGAACAGAUUUUCACUUGUAAAGCAGUUAAAGAGAACUUUAAAUCAAGGCCCUACCUUUCCUACAAGCCCUGGAGAAAAUAUGAGUGUGGAGGAGAUCUGAGCUGGAUUUCCCAUCAGUGAUGAGGGAUAAGUGUUGUAUGCCAGCUGGAACCAUGUUGCUCUGACUUCUGUGAAAACAUUUUUUUUAGACCUGUUGUUGGUCAGUGUCAUGUAGACCUGAUGAAAUGCAAAGCAUGCAGUAAAAGCUUCUGCACACUUUGUCUUGGCAGCAGGAUAAUUCAGCCUUGCUAGCAACAAAUUCAUUCUGAGUCUGCAGGUGUAUAAUGCUGGAAGUCUUUGUUUUCCAGGUUUUUUGUUGAGAACUGAAUCUGCCCUUUUCAGUCAUUCCUGCUCUGCCAGGUAUGAUUGUCUGAUGUAAAACAGGAAGAGAGUAGUGUCCAUAACACUUUCAGGACUGAGACUGGUGGAUCAGAGACAAGAAAUUCACAAGGAAAGUACCCAAAGGCUUUGGCAAACUAGGCAAGAUGAGAUAGGAAAUACAUAUGGUCCUUUGCUUAUAUUUCUUCUUCUUUUCCUUCAGAGCAAAGAAACAUUCAGAAGAACGUGAAUUUCAAUCUAUGUUUGGGCACUAGAAGUCGAGUAGACAUUUCUCAUCCCUGGCCUGAGGCUACAGGAUUUGAUGUAAGCCCAGAGACAGCAGCACAGGGCUAGCUGUGUACCACACCUCUGUCAGAUGGGAAGAGAUCCCAGUCUGAGACAGACUAAUCUCUCCUGCCCUUCUCAGCUGUUCCUGGACACUGCCAGCCAGUUCUGCAGUUCCUGCUUGCUGCAGCAGCAUAAUCUGUGCUCUAGGCUGCAGCAGCACAGCUCUAAGUGUGUGGUUCAGAGAGUCCCCAUCUUGCUUUGUCAGUGCUCCCUGCUGUGAAUCUCCCCCAGAGGCACUUGCACCUUGAGGCUUGUGUUUUGGAAGGGAGAAGGAGUGAGAGUAUUGACUUUCCUUAACACCAUCAGGAAGCAAAGGCAGCUGGUAGCUGCUGCAUGCCCACUGCUCACCAUCACUGUUCAGAAAGAAGGAACAAGAAUUGUGGCUAUCUGGUGGAAAACCAACAGCAUCAGCCUUCUGCUGCUUCUUGUAUGGAUCCUGUGAACCCUUCACUGGUCAAUGCACAUUUGUCAUCCCAUGCUGCAGAUCCCCCUCUUGAGCAUGAAGUGGUGGGUCCUUCUUUAAGGAGCCCAAGUACAAGUGUGAACUCUUGUCACAGUUCAGCCCUGGGAAAUCUCAAUCCAUCUAAUUUGGAGUCUUUUCAGUGUCUUUCGCAAUCCUCACAGAUUUCUGCUAGCUUGUACUGUUCAGUCCAGAGGCUUGAGCAAGAAACUGCUUUGAUGGGGCUACGGGCUUCCCUCCCUCUGGAGCCCAAGUCUUCUCCAGUCACUGGCCAUUCAUGCUUUGCUCCUGAUAAUUUAGGUCCCAGCAUCCUGACCAUGGGAGAACAGCUAGCUGCAGUAAAAACCAAUGCUGCUCAGGCAAGAUUGAAAUGGGGUGUCCCAUUUGCUAAAGACUGGAGCCUUAGUGCAGUGACAAGGAACCUCAGUCCUGCUGAGCCUUUCUCUGUCUCUCACAGAUGUGGUUACAUUGGCUCAAACACAUGGAGAACCAACAUUUCAGGUGGCAUCCAACCACAAACCCUUGCUUCUGGAGUGGGCUCUGGCAGGCUGGUGGAUACAGAAGCAGAUUCUUCCUUCAAUUGCUCCCCUUUCUUCAGAUGCCAGUCCCUGGUAAAGCCAUCUCUGGAAACUGGAAGUCUUUAUGUUCACAGAAAAAGUCAUUCUCCUGGAAAGGUUGUUAAAGGAGAACAGACAUCUAAUGGGGCAUCUCCAUGUGUUGAGUCUUGUAAGAAAGACCUUUCAGCCAGUCCAGAUCCAGAGGGUCUGCAGGUGUUACUGGAGACAGAUUUGGGAGGGGCUCAGAUGAAUGUUGUAGCCAUGUGUGGGACUCCUACAGAAGUGUGUGUGAGCAUCACUUCUCAUCCUGGAGAUAAAGAGCUUAGACCAGGCCAGCAGCUUAGUGUUAAAUCUGUACAAGUCAACAAGUCUCAUAUUAAGUGCAGCAAAGAGUCAGAAGAGGUGUGUGACUCCAGAUCACAAGCAGCCAGAAGAAUGGCUGCAGUGGGCAGCAGCCACUCCAAUCCUUUGGGUACACCAGCUGAAGAAAGCUUUAAUGAACAUUCUGAUGUAGAUUGUAUGAACAUGAGCAGAGAAAGAAGGAGAAACAAAUACUCCUACCAAAGCAGCUGGAGGAAUUUGGAAGCUGAUGGCAAUCUCGAGCAGUCUGAAGAAUGUUCUGUAGAAAGGAAUGCCAAAGAACCAUGGUGCUGUGAAGAAGGGAGCCAGACACAGCAAACUGUACCCAGAGAGAUCUCAGAAAACAGCUCUUGGUCAUUGAAGGUGAAUGAGCAAAGUUUCUGGCACUUGUGUGACAAACAAAUCCUAACGAGGUGUUUCCAAGCCUGGAGGAGACAUAUCCUUUGGAAGAGGGCAGCCAGGCAGCUUUACAGACACCAGCUGCUUCAGAAGGGCUUUGGUGCUCUGCAGUGGACUGUGCACCAAAGGAGGACACAAUUGGAGGUGGCCCAGCAGAGAUAUGCUUCAACCCUGCUAGCUGCCAGCUUCCAGAAGUGGAAAGAAGCUGUGGCAAAACAGAGCAAGAAGAAAGCUCUGCAGCCUGAGCCUUACUCCUUUACCCAAAGUUCAUCAGCAGGGAUUUUUGGAGUAGGAAGAUCAGCAACUAUGACAACUUCAGCUCAGCAUCAGCUUGGAACAGGAUACUCAAAGGAAGCAGAGCAGGCUCGUAGGGUGGAGGGAGAGCUGUGGACACAGCUUUGUCAUAGGCAGAGAGCAGCUGAGUUUUGCUGGAGAGCUGAAGCAAUCAGAGACAUGAGACGCCUGGCUGCUUUCAGACUGUGGCGCCUGCAGAAGGAGCUGCUGAGCAAAGAGGAAGCCAGGCUUUUGGAAGCCCGGGCUCUGCUGGAAAAAAAGAAGCUACGAAACAUUUUCUGGAUGUGGCAUUCCCAAAGCUUGGAAAUGAAACAGGUUCUAACACUGACAGCUCAAAUGGAAAGGAACUUGGUCUCCCGGUGCUUCUGUACAUGGAAGGAGACUGUUGAGCAGAAGGCACUUGACAGGUGCAACCUGGCCCAUGUCAGAGCAGUAUCACUGAGGAAGCACUUCCAGCAGUGGGUUGAGAUGCUGCAGGUCAGAGGAGCUGAUAAGCAGGCAGUGGUGAACCUCUUCCUGCUACGAUGGAGGCAGCAUUGUGGAGCAGUUAUAAGCUCAGUAGCUGAUGAGACUGUGACAAAGAGGCAUGAAGGUCAGACAUCAUGGACUGGAGAGAGACAGUUUCUGGAGAAAACAGUCUGCUCUUUUGAUGACUUCUGCCAAAAACUGAAGCUGCAGAGAGUAUAUCUGCUGUGGAAAACAAGGCUGUGUGAGCAUCACAAAGCUGAUUCUUUCUCUCAGACUUUGGAGCAGUGUAAACUCAGAAAAACUUUGAAAUUAUGGCACCAAAAGUAUCUCAUGCUGAAGACAAUUGAACAAAGUUCUACGCACUUGCAUAGAGCUGUCUAUGAGGAACCUCUUUCCAUGCUGUUUUCUGAGGAUCUCUCAACAUCAUCUGGCUUUGACAGCAGUGCACCAGCUACUCUGGCCUCUCAAAGCUCAUUGGAAAAGGAAUGCAGUCUUAGUGAGAGCAGCCAGCACAGCUUCUCCCUUCUGACUGCUGAGGAUGUCACACACAUCUCAUGUCAUGGCUCUUUCCUGCACCUCCACCAGUGCAGAGAACUGCCAGCUGAGCUGGGUGGGGAGCUGUGCUUGCAGACCUCCUUCCCUGGAUCUGGAAGAAAUAGGUUUGUGGAAAAUCAGUUCCAGUCUUUGGUGCUGCAGAGUCCAGAUAAUAAUUCCCAGCCUCUCACCAGUUACUCUGCAUGGGAAAAGGGCUGCAGUUCUGACAAGGAGGUGAAGAGUUGCUGGCAGCAAGCAGAGAAAUACUGCCUGCAGAGGUGCUUCCUUGUCUGGUCAGCUCAAACUCGACAUCAUGUGAAGGCCCAGCACUACUGCAGGCACAUUCAGCUGUCUCGAGCCUUUCACAGCUGGCACCACUGGGUCAUGGAAAAUAAGAACCAAAAAGCAGCAGCAGCCCUAAAACACAGAGUUCAUUGCUCCCAGAUGGCUUUCAGCCUGUGGAAAAGGAGACUGGCCCAGAAAGUGGAAGCUGACCGGAGAUUCAGGUGGCACAUUCACCGGAUGACUGCUGAUGCUCUGUGCCAUUGGCAUUCCUGCUGGCAAAGGAAGCAUGCUCUGAGAGAACUGGAGCAGCAAUGGGCUUGGCACAGCUGCCAGGAGAAGAAGAGGCUGGUCCUGCAGAUAUGGUAUUGCCAAACAAGGAAGCAGAAAUAUGCUGUUUUAUUCUGGGAACGUUUUCUCCUGCACAGGUGCAUUGUCACUUGGGCCCAGCUCACUGCAGGUAGACUGAGGCAGCGUGAAGCCCUCUCUAACUUUAGAAGAGUCAGAGAGCACCGUCUCCUGGUUGUGAGCUUUACUAAGUGGAGGGACAAACUCUUUAGAGCUGAACAAGUGCCAGGAGGGAGAAACCACAAGUGGCAGGAGCCCUCUCCAGGUAAAGCCUGUCACCGCUGGCGAGUGGCUGCAAGAGGACAGCAAGCCCUGCGCCUGGGAUCUGUGGCUACUGUCAAACAAGCCUGCAACUACUGGACAAGAGCAGCUGCCUUUUCCCAGUGCUUACGGCAGCGCAGUACCCUCAUAGGUGUUAGGAAAAGCAGGAAGAUGUCUCUCUCUUGGCCCACAAAAAGCAGAAGAGGUAGAGAAGAAGAUUCAGCACCAACUGGACUUUUCCCCAGUGCCAUUCAGCGCUGGCUGGUGAUCUACAGGAGCCAAAAGAGACCUGGAAGGCUGCUGGAGAGACCUGAUGUGGUAGGACCCUCUUGUGCACAUGGCAGGAUCCAGGGGAACACAGCAGAGGUGGACUUGGAGGAUUGGGCUAAGAGGUGUCUUGGGAGGAAAUAUCUGAGGUGGUGGCAUCACACAGUGGUACUGCACCAGUACCAGCAUGACAGGAAACUGCUCUGUCUGGCAAGGGGAUGGCAUCAGUGGAGGGAAGCCAGCAGGGUGGUGAUACUGGCUCAGGUGUUGGACCAGCAACGGCUGAUAGAAAAGGCCUGGAGGGUGUGGAGACGAAGAUAUUUGCAAAGCUGUGUGGUGCAGAAUCUUUUGGAGGAGGAAGCCAGGAGCCUCUUGUGUCAGGCCUUUGGAAGGUGGAGGCAGCUCACAGCAUUCCAGCGCAAGGACAAAGGAUCCUGCUGAAUGGAGGGGGCCUGCCUGCAGCUGCUGCUCAUUUCAGAACACGUGGAGGAUAUGGCUCCUGUCACAACAAAGAGCUGGUCCUGUGCCAUCGAGAGAGAACACUCUGCUCUUACAAUAAAAGCAGCACUGCUGGCCAGAAGGGUGACAGCCAAAGAACAACCAGGAAGGGAUGGUACCUAGUGAAAGGUCCUCUUGAAAGGACUUGUAUCUGCUUAGCAGCACAAAUGGAAAAGUUACUGACAGUUGUGAGGUUGCAUUCUCUUCUUCUCUGGACCCUGCUUUUGCUGGAGUUCUGAUUAAAGGUCAAAAAAUCCACCUUA